GUGAUUUGUAUGCCAUCACGUGACUCUCAAAAUGGCUAAGUUAAUAAAUAGUAAAAAUCUUAGCUGGUUGAAACAUUUGCCAAAAUUGAGAGAAAGUCUUGUAUUGAGAAUGAAUUCCUCCUCCAAUGACUUGGUAGAGACCAGUAAAAUAGACAAGACGUUCCUGAUUGGAAUAAACAGGCCUGAACAUCGGAAUGCUGUCAAUCCUGAAACAGCUCACCAACUCUUUAAAGCAUUUCAACAGUUCGAGGCAGAUGAUGACUGCUAUGUAGCAGUUCUACAUGGAAAAGGGGGAAAUUUCUGUGCAGGAUUUGACCUUAAAGCUUUAUCACAAUUUGAAGAAAAUCUGCAAUUUCCUGGAUUUGAAGACAGCAAAGAAGGGCCAAUGGGUCCAUCAAGAAUGAUGUUGAGUAAACCAGUAAUUGGAGCUAUAUCAGGCUAUGCUGUAGCUGGGGGUCUGGAACUCGCCCUGUUGUGUGAUUUAAGAGUUGUAGAGGAGACCACUAUUAUGGGAGUCUUUUGCAGAAGAUUUGGUGUGCCCCUGAUAGAUGGUGGUACAGUAAGGUUACCCCAGCUGAUUGGUUUAUCCCGAGCCCUAGACCUGAUUCUAACAGGCCGUCCCAUUGGUGGAAAGGAAGCUCUUUCAUUUGGUUUAGCCAAUGACUGUGUGUCUACUGGAACAGCAUUAGGCGUCGCCUGUUUGAUGGCUAAGAGGAUCUCGGAUUUCCCUCAGACAUGUUUAUGUACUGACCGCAAAUCAGCCUAUUAUUCCACAUUCGACAGUAAAUCUUUAGAUGACGCCUUAAACUAUGAGUACUCCAAUGGUAUAAAAGUGGUGAAUCAGGAAUCUAUCAAAGGGGCAGUCGAAUUUACAGAUGGAAAGGGAAGACACGGACAGUUCAAAACUUCAAAGUUAUGAUGAGGAAUGGUAAUUGCCUUAGUUUUAAUCAGGCAAAACAAGUCCAAAAAUUUCAGGCCGUUUGAGAAAGUUAAUUUCUAAUUCAAGCUACUUUCGUGCCACAAUGAGCUAAUUUGCCUCAAGUUGAACAGGAGUGUGUUACCUUAUCAAAAUCAACAAUCAUCUGUUAAUUAUAUAACAGUUGACAAUAGUAUACAUAUAUCUGAAACACACAUAGACAGAAUCAGAUGAGCUCUUAGUCCAGCUUGAGUGGAAUCUGUGGGGGCUGGGCCCCAGCUAGUGAGAAUCAAGCCCCAUCAAAACCUUCUUCAGUUCAGCAGAGAUUGAUUAACUUACAGUGUCUUUGUACAAAGAUACAGAUUUUGAUACGUUUUUGGCACCUCAAAAUUGUCAGAUAUGAGUUCUAUGGGCCAUUAAUUAUUUAAAUCUUAUGAGUACAAAAUAUGAGCCCCAGCCCCAGCUGUCUUAGUCAAUGGUACUUGUUUUUGGAAGGUCUUUUCCAAGGUGGUCAAUUGUGUCUUUUUUCAUAUGUCAUGUUUCAUAUUGUAAAUGUACAUAUGUAUAAUUUUACAGAAGUAAAUAUUUUUUAAACCAU